UAAGAGCCAUAUAUGCUGGAGCAGUAGAAUCUCUUCCCUCUAGUUUUAGUCUGAGAAAACCUUUUUUGGAGAUCCUGGAAGCAACUGACUUGUUUAAUUCAUAUGCAAUACGUAAGGAAAUACUAAGUGAUAUGAAGAGAGCCUUCUCAAGUCUCAACAGAAACCAGAGUAUUGGGAUUGGCUUGCAAGACUUGAAUAUAAUCCUGCAAGUAGGGAAGAUAUUGGUGAAGAUGUCACACUUUCUCAGAUAGAAAAAGCAGUUCAGGUUUACGAGGAGGCUAUAGAAAUUUUGCCUACGGCCAUAAUGCUCCACCAGUAUGGGAAAUUUUUGAAUGGUGUUGUCACUCUUCUAAAACUAGAAAACAAGCCUUCUGGGUUAGCUAGUCCAUCUGCUGGUUAUAUUCCUCUUCUUUUGAGGGCUUACGAAAAGGUUAAAACAAUGGGGGGUAUAUUGAUGUGGUUCUUGCUUGUCAGCAUAUUUCAUUUCUUCUGCAACUUGGAAGACUGGAGGAAGCCCAGAAACUGGCAGAAAAUCUUUGUUUGUGGAAUAUUUUCAAAUUCAAUGAAGUUAUGGCUAUUAAGAGUCUCUGUAGGUGUUAGACACUUUACAAGGGAUUCCAUUUCACCGAGUAAAGCUGACCUACUGUCCAUCUUUGAACUUCUUAAAGAUGUUUUGGCAAGAGUGUCCAUUUCAGAAGCUGAGAACCUGUGGUUAAUGGCCCUUAAAUUCUUUGCAAAUCAAAAACAUUACUUUGACAAGUUAGUUGAGAUUUCUGUUAGAUCAUUGACAAAAAAUGGCGGCAAUGAACAAGGAUUUUCCCUCUCUGCUGCUAUUAUGCAUUUUGUUCUUCAAAAGGAUGGAGUACUACAUGCUAGAGAGAUAUAUAAACGCUUCAUCCCUUUACCACACCCUGGACCUGCACUAUAUAGAGCCUGCAUUGAAUUGGAAUCAAACCUUGCAUCCAUUAGUGACAAAGAUAGCCUCAUCAAUGCCAGGAAAUUAUAUGAAUCUGCACUUAAAACUUAUGACCAAGAUUUGAGCUUAUGGCGAGAUUACUAUUUGAUGGAGACGAAGGUAAGCUUUAGCAGUUUACAAACAUCUACUAUAAAGAGAACUGCAAUUUCCAUUUUCAAUAAAUUUGUUUCUUAAAAAAAAAGAAAAAAAUCUGUCUUUUCUAUUGUCAGUUGCCUGGUAGUUAUCAUUGAUUAAGCAGAUGAAUUGUGGAUAAAACUUGUGCUACUUUCAUUCUGUGGCACGCACACAAGAUUCUAAAAGACACGACUGCACUUGUUACACCAGAUUUGUAAUCGUUGUUAUGUGAAAUGAUUUCAGUUUUGACCUCAUGUUUAAGAUAUUCACCUCUUUGAAUGUGGUUGAAUUUCAGUUGGAUCCUAAUAUUAAUGGAAUCAGGUAGUAGUUAUAAGUUU